GGAGAGAGAACAGCUUUAGAGAGGAUUUGCUCCAUAUUAACCCCGAGAGAGCAGACAGAGCCAGCUGGAGUUCAGGGAAGACUGGACAGGUGCGUUCAAAACUACAGACAACUGUUUUUAUUUACACCCAACAGUGCAGGAGUGAAAGCUGGUUCAGCCGUGGGGAUUAAAGAGAGAGGCGGUGCAGGUUGAAGCAGGUGUCCUUAAAGCAACAGCUGAUGCCUCCACAGACACUAAAGGAAAGGACAACAACUAUUGAUUAAAUGCUGCGUGUUCUGCACGAAGAUGUCAACCUGAGAAAGUUCCAUCACUGGAUGUUGGACGGAGCAGAAUGGGACACACCAAUGUGCCACUCAUGUACGCCUACUCACGUUUCCGCGGUGACAAACGCAGAUCCAGUCGACUGCAGCCCUCCACACCAGACUACAACCUGAACAAUGCGUUGGGCGCUAUCAGAGUCCUCGGUUUGGAACUGAUCGCAGACGAACUGAAACCACAUCUGAACACAGUGCUGACCAACAUCAAGGAGAAGAAGAAAGGCGCUGCUGAGCAGGUAGUGAUCAGUGGGAUCCUGCCAAUCCUGGCCCUGUCUCUGAGGACCAGAGGGCCUCUCGCUCUGCUGACCGCAAAACUGAUAUCUGAACUCGCCAAGGAAUCUGUGGUUCGUAAAGGUUUCGGUGACGCUGGUUUGGUUACGGCUCUGCUGUCUGUCCUGACCAGUCCAGACCAGGAACUGCUCCUUCACGCUGCAAGAGCCAUCUCACACAUGUCUUAUGACAGCUCUAGGCUGCAGGAACAGUUGCUCCGUCGAGGUGCAGUUCCUCGUCUUGUCGCCAUCCUGCUCCGCUUCCCUGAUGAGGAGGCCCUGGAGGAAGUGUGCCUUCAGGCCCUCUGUAACCUCAGUGGUAUGGGGGUGGCAGAGGAGGCCGGCAUGGUCUGGGAGAGGGGGACAUCUGUGAGGCCGGAGGAGUCCGUCUUCCAUGGCGUCUCACCUCACACCUGUGGUUUUGCCUCCUCCGUGACUCUGGUGUGCGUGUCUCAGUGGGCGCCGGGUCAAUACGCGGUCAACAUCGAGGUCUUCCAGCGCUGCUCCUCCUCUUUCUGGAGCCUCCACGGGAACAAACGGACGGCUCGUUGGUUCCCGUUCUCCAGCCUGGGAAGCUGCUCGAAUCUGUGCAAUUUGAUCAAGUUCUCUACGAGGCAUGUCCCCCGAACCAAAAGUCUGAAGACUCGCGUGUUCCACACUUUCCUCUGACAGCUUAAGUUCUGCAGACUGACCUAACUGGCACAUAGAGCUCUGAGGGGGUUUGCAAACCUCUCCAAUUAGACCACUAAUUACUGGUGCACACCAAAGCAUCAGGGGAACGUUUACACACCAUGAACCUGGACACACAUUCAAACUGCAAACGCUUCAGAAUGUCUCUUGCCUGUUCUUGUUGAUGCUUUUGUUUUGUUUGUUUGCAUUUUGACGUUUUUUAACAACUACCUGCUUCAUGUAAAAACACAGUCUGU